AUGGGGAAGCCUUCUAUACCGCUCUCGUCGGAUUUACCGCCAAUCAUCUGCGGAACCGCAACCUUUAACUCCCAGUACAAUGCCGAUCCAUACGUCCUCCCCACGACUGCCAUAGUCCACCGCGCAUUAUCGGCCGGAAUCAGAGCCUUUGACACUUCACCAUACUAUGGACCAGCGGAGGAACUGCUAGGUCGUGCUCUAUCCACUGACUUCGUUCGCACCCAGUUCCCUAGAUAUUCCUACCGUCUCCUCACCAAGGUUGGUCGAAUCGCGGCGCAAUCCUUCGACUACUCACCUGCAUGGAUCCGAAAGAGCAUUAAGCGCAGCUUAUCGCGACUUCAGACCGCCUACCUCGACGUGGUAUACUGUCACGAUGUCGAAUUCGUUUCGCCAGACGAAGUUCUGGGCGCAGUGGUAGAACUACGCAGAAUUCGUGAUAUGGAGGGGACAAUACGUUAUGUGGGGAUAUCGGGGUACCCGGUGGACGUCCUGUGUUCAUUGGCGGAGAUGAUUUUGCAAAGGACCGGUGAGCCGCUGGACGCUGUGAUGUCCUAUGCCAACUUUACUCUUCAAAACACGAAACUUGCCGUGGAAGGACUGCCCCGCCUGCUUGCUGCUGGCGUUGAUGUCGUUCCCAAUGCCUCCCCUCUAGGAAUGGGCCUUCUGAGAUGCGAUGGCGUCCCCAUUGGGGGUAUGGGGGAUUUCCACCCGGCACCUGUCGGUUUGCGAAAUUCAAUCCGAUCCGCCAGUGAAUGGACAGAGAAACAGGGGGAGAAAAUUGAGGUUGUCGCGAUAAGAUAUGCGCUCGAGUCUUGGUUGCGUGAAGGUUCAGCUGCAGGCGCUCUUGGGCCGCCACUUGCGCCGUCUGCUGAUACGGAUCCGGGUUUCAUAUCUGCCGCUCUGAUUGGUGUUGGGCGGAGGUUUGGUGUUAGUGUUGUGGGCGUGAGCAGCUUGGAUGAAUUGAACGAAACGCUUCGUGUGUGGCACAGCAUUGUUGACAGCCUGGAGAAUGAAGGAGAGGACUCCCCGUCCCUUGAUGGGGAUUCGGAAGAAUAUUUUCAACUUGGCACAAGUGAAACGGUCGAAAAUGCUAGUGUCCCAACUUCCAAGGACACUUCCAUGGCUCCCAGUGUGCUGACGCCCUGUUAUGGCAUUACUGAUCGCCAAUGGUCUCGAGCCAGACGGCAACGCAUAAUAAAGCUUGCUAAGGGGAUUCGCGAAAUUCUUGGACCAGAGUGGGUGGAUUAUACCUGGGCAAGCCCGGCGGAAGGAUUUGUAAAUAUCAUUCCUGAAAAUCACAAUACGGAUGAGCUGGAUGGUGGAGUAUUGUUUUCUACCCCAACAGAAGAGCAUGACGACGUCGGGAGCAAGAAUGCAAGGAUGCUUACGCCUCCUUUGGAACCGAUUAACUAA